CUCAUCCCACCUUGAUACCCCGCGACAACUUUUUUUUGUCUGUUUUGCGACACCAUUUCCAAACUUUGCGCCUUGUUAACUUCCAAACUUCACGAUGCUAUACCUAAUAGGCCUCGGCCUCUCUGACGAGACCGAUAUCACGGUCAAAGGACUGGAAAUUGUCAAGAAAGCAUCCAGGGUCUACCUCGAGGCCUACACCAGCAUCCUCCUCGUGGACCAGCCCACUCUGGAGUCUUACUAUGGCCGCUCAAUAGAAGUCGCCGACCGCGAGAUGGUCGAGUCCAACAGCGACGCCAUCCUCCGCGGCGCAGACACCGAAGACGUCGCCUUCCUUGUGGUUGGCGAUCCGUUUGGCGCCACCACGCACACCGACCUCGUCCUGCGCGCCCGCGAGCUCAAGAUCCCCGUCCGCACGGUUCCCAACGCAUCCAUCAUGUCGGGCAUCGGCGCCUGCGGCCUGCAGCUGUACAACUUUGGCCAGACGGUCAGCAUGGUCUUCUUCACCGAGAGCUGGCGGCCGGCGAGCUUCUACGACCGCGUGGCCGAGAACCGCGGGCUCGGCCUGCACACGCUCGUGCUGCUCGACAUCAAGGUCAAGGAGCCAAACUUCGAGUCCCUCGCGCGCGGCCGCCUCGUCUACGAGCCGCCCCGCUUCAUGAGCGUCGGCACCUGCGCCCGCCAGAUGCUCGAGGUCGAGGAGGAGCACGUCAAGGCCGGCGGCGAGGGCGGCGUCUGCGGGCCCGACGCGCUCGCCGUCGGCGCUGCUAGGGUUGGUGGAAAGACGGAGAGGUUCGUCGCGGGCACCCUCAGGGAGCUGUGCGACGCCGACGACGCCCUGGGACCGCCGCUGCACAGCUUGGUGCUGCUGGGGAGCCGGACGCACGAGCUGGAGCACGACUUUGUGCGCGAGUUUGCCGUCGACAAGGAGAACUGGGACCGCAUAUGGAAAGCGAAUUACCAGCCGAGCACAUGAUUACCGAGAUAGAAGUCUUGGGAUAUGAUUGUGUUUUGAGCUAACAUACGUCAUCCAGCUCUUGUGCUCGCCAGUAUCUGGGGCCUCGGUGCGAUGCUAUCUUGCCUAUCAUACAACUAAUGACCGCCGACCUGUCCAUAUGCCCGCGAUACCAUUCUAGUUUGCCUUCCUCCACAGCUCAAUCUCGCCCACCGAGAUCUCGCGCAGCUUCUGGAUGGUCGGGGUCCUGCCCGUGAUGGCGCCCUGCGCCACGUCGGCGGCGCGGCUGACAAAGUUCUUGUUGGCGACCGAGUACGUGGCCGUGUUUGUGCGGACGCGGAUGAUGCCGAUGCGCGGGUCUUCGGCGCCGCCGUCGUGCUUGCCGUCGCCCAGGUCGCCGACCCAGGCCUUGAGGUCCUUGGAGUAGUGCUUCCGGACCAGCUCGCGGUCCGUCUCGACCGUGGCGGCGCCCGAGACCGACGCCCACUCGCCCGAGCCGUUGUAGAAGGAGAUGUUGACGUGCGGGUCGCCCGCCAGCUCGUCCGUCUUGCCCGACUCGGUGUUGGUGUGGAAGAGGAGGUCGAUGCCGCCGGUCUCCUGGUGUGCGGGAAUUUAGCCCUGUUAGUAGUCUGGCGCCACUGUGGAGAGUCUGUAGCAGGUCGACAAGCGCCCGGUGCUUACCUUUGCGGCGAGGGCCAUGCACCUCGAGACCAGGUAGCCGGACUUGGCGUCGCGCGUGGUCAUCAUGCCAUAUUUGCAGCUCGAGAUGAAGUGACUGAGAUCGUCAACCUUCUCCUUGACAGUGGCGUCGGUGUCGAGGUUCUUCGCCUUGUAGGGGUCGGCGGGCUUGUCACCCGUGGAGGUGUUGGAGAAACCGCUCGACAUUGUGGUGGUGGGUGGAGUGUUUGUUUUGGAAGACGAUGAUCUGUUUUCUGUUGUUGCUGGUGAUUCUUUUGUUGUGGGUGUGCCUGGACAGACAGGAUGGAAAGGAGAGGAUUGAGCGCCAAAGGUUUAUCCUCCCUUAAAAGUCCCAGGUCAUUCCUUCCUCUUAUUCUUCGUCCAGUGUUGCCGUUUAGUCAAUGGUCUCGCCGCUUG